AUGGCGGCGUCAGGAGGGAAGCGCCGCGAAGAGGCAAGCGACAACUCCGACGACGAGCUUACUCCGCUCGCCAAUGAGAUCUAUGGGGGCAGCCAAAGAACAGUACAAGAGACGAAAGGAUGGGACGUGUUCCGAGAGUUCCCGCCGAAGCAGGACAGUGUUUCCAUGGAAACGCAGAAAUGGUUGGAGUGCACGGUCCGCUUACUCAAAGUCCUGGCGUACUUGGUCACCUUCAUCGUGGUGCUUGCAUCUGGCGUCAUAGCCAAGGGCACUGUGCUCUUCAUGACGUCACAGCUCAGGAAAGACCGCCGGUUAGCGUAUUGUAAUAGGAAUUUAGGUAGAGAUAAGCAAUUUGUAGUGAGUUUACCAGACGAAGAGCGAGUAGCGUGGAUGUGGGCCAUAUUGGCGGCCUUUGCGAUCCCUGAAAUAGGAACGCUCAUCCGAUCAGUCAGAAUUUGUUUCUUCAAGUCUUCGAAGAGGUUCGUUCNACCUUCGUUCACGCAGUUUGUUGUGGUAUUUAUAGCGGAAUCUUUACAUACUAUAGGAAUGGCCCUCUUAUUCUUCGUGAUACUGCCCGAGCUUGACGUCGUAAAGGGUGCUAUGUUAACCAACUGCCUCUGUGUUGUACCAGCCAUUCUGGGACUUCUGUCUAGGAAUUCGCGUGACAGUAAGAGAUUCGUGAAAGUAAUCGUGGACAUGGCAGCAAUUGUAGCGCAAGUCACUGGUUUUAUUGCGUGGCCGCUGUCUGAAGAUAAACCGGUGUUAUGGCUCAUUCCAGUGGCUUCCUUAUGCAUAUCGUUGGGUUGGUGGGAGAAUUAUGUCACACGGCAAAGUCCAAUUGGUGUAAUAAAAAGCUUAGGCAGACUAAAAGAUGAGUUGAACGUUUCAAGAUACUACAUUUACCGAUUCAUGUCUGUUUGGAAGGUCCUGUUGUUCUUGAUGUGCAUUCUCUUCAGUAUAUGGAUGGAGGGCGACGAGCCAUCAAUGUUCUUCCAAAUGUAUAACAUAGGAUUCGGGCCACACAACAUAGUAGUUGAAGAGGUACAAGCUCAGCUUGGUGGUACCAUUAUCCCAGACUUAGCGAAUGUGACGCUUACUGGAGAUUCCGUCGAAGUCCCAGCUGUAUACAAAUCUGCAUUCUACGUGAUGCUUAUUCAGAUAUUCGCAGCUUAUUUCUGUUACAUCUUCGGAAAGUUCGCCUGCAAAAUCCUCAUUCAGGGCUUCAGUUACGCUUUCCCUAUAAAUCUGGUCAUUCCUUUAGUAGUUAAUUUCUUGAUAGCAGCUUGUGGAUUGAGAACUGGUGAUACAUGUUUCUUCCAUGGAACGGUUCCGGAUUAUCUGUUCUAUGAAAGUCCACCAGUUUUCACUCUAAGUGAUUUCAUUACACGACAAAUGGCUUGGGUGUGGUUACUUUGGCUGCUGUCACAAACGUGGAUUACUAUACAUAUUUGGACGCCCAAAGCUGAACGUUUGGCAUCAACGGAAAAGUUGUUUAUAAUCCCAAUGUACAACGGGUUACUGAUAGACCAGAGCAUGGCACUCAAUCGAAAGAGAGACGACCAAAAGGACGUUAAGACUGAGGACCUUGCCGAAAUAGAAAAAGAGAAAGGUGACGAAUACUAUGAAACAAUAUCAGUGCAUACGGAUAACACGGGUACAACUCCGAAAACAGUGAAGUCGUCAGAUCAGAUCACGAGAAUAUACGCUUGCUGCACUAUGUGGCACGAAACGAAAGAUGAGAUGAUGGAGUUCUUGAAGUCUAUUCUUCGUUUGGAUGAAGAUCAGUGCGCUCGCCGGGUCGCUCAAAAGUAUUUACGAGUAGUAGAUCCUGAUUAUUAUGAAUUUGAAACUCAUAUCUUUUUAGAUGACGCAUUUGAAAUUUCUGACCACAGUGACGACGAUUCCCAAGUGAAUCGAUUCGUAAAACUUCUAGUGGACACUAUCGACGAAGCUGCUUCCGAAGUUCACCAAACGAACAUUCGAGUUAGACCACCGAAGAAAUAUCCAGCACCGUAUGGAGGAAGGUUGACGUGGGUACUUCCGGGUAAAACAAAAAUGAUCUGUCACUUGAAAGACAAAGGAAAGAUCCGACACAGGAAACGUUGGUCUCAGGUCAUGUACAUGUACUAUUUACUUGGACACCGUUUGAUGGAACUACCCAUAUCUGUCGAUCGAAAAGAAGUGAUGGCCGAAAAUACAUUCUUGCUAACUCUUGACGGGGACAUUGAUUUCCAACCGCAUGCUGUGAGACUGCUUAUCGACUUGAUGAAGAAGAACAAAAAUCUUGGUGCUGCUUGUGGACGAAUUCAUCCUGUUGGCUCUGGCCCUAUGGUGUGGUAUCAGAUGUUCGAAUACGCUAUUGGUCAUUGGCUGCAAAAGGCGACUGAACAUAUGAUUGGCUGUGUACUCUGUAGCCCUGGAUGUUUCUCACUCUUCAGAGGAAAGGCUCUUAUGGACGACAACGUUAUGAAAAAGUAUACUCUACGAUCCGACGAGGCUAGGCAUUACGUACAGUACGAUCAAGGGGAAGAUCGAUGGUUGUGUACGCUUCUACUGCAACGUGGUUAUCGAGUAGAGUAUUCAGCUGCAUCGGAUGCCUACACGCAUUGUCCAGAAGGUUUCAGUGAAUUCUACAACCAACGUCGUCGAUGGGUGCCUUCCACUAUUGCCAACAUUAUGGAUCUACUGGUCGAUUACAAGCACACGAUUAAAAUCAACGAUAACAUUUCUACGCCUUACAUCGCUUACCAAAUGAUGUUGAUGGGUGGAACAAUUUUGGGUCCCGGAACCAUAUUUCUUAUGUUGGUGGGAGCUUUCGUGGCUGCCUUCAGAAUCGACAAUUGGACUUCCUUUGAAUACAACCUGUACCCUAUUAUGACCUUUAUGUUUGUUUGCUUCACGAUGAAAUCCGAAAUUCAGUUACUGGUGGCUCAGAUAUUAUCGACAGCCUACGCUAUGAUAAUGAUGGCUGUAAUCGUGGGUACUGCUCUACAGUUAGGCGAGGACGGUAUCGGUUCUCCCUCAGCUAUUUUCUUGAUAGCUCUCUCAAGUUCAUUCUUUAUAGCAGCUUGCUUGCAUCCGCAAGAGUUUUGGUGUAUUGUACCUGGUAUCAUUUAUCUGCUAUCUAUACCUUCUAUGUACUUGCUUUUGAUUUUGUACUCUGUUAUAAAUCUGAACGUAGUAUCAUGGGGUACGCGUGAAGUACAGACUAAGAAAACGAAAAAGGAAAUCGAACAAGAAAAGAAAGAUGCUGAGGAGGCUAAGAAAAAGGCCAAACAAAAGUCAUUGUUAGGUUUCUUGCAAGGAGUCAAUAACAACGAAGAUGAAGGAUCAAUCGAAUUUUCUUUUGCUGGCCUUUUCAAAUGUAUGUUCUGCACACAUCCCAAAGGAAAUGAAGAGAAAGUGCAACUUUUACACAUUGCCUCUACAUUAGAAAAGUUGGAAAAGAAAUUGGAUGUAGUAGAAAGGACUGUAGACCCACAUGGUUUGAACAGAGGCAGAAAGUUGUCAGUGGGUCACCGUGGCAGCACUAAUGGCGACCAUCAGUUAGAUGCCUUAGCAGAAGGACCUGAGGAUGAGCAUGAUUCGGAUUCUGAGACAGAUACUCUCUCGACGUCACCAAGGGAACGGAGAGACGAUCUGAUAAAUCCCUAUUGGAUUGAAGAUCCCGAAUUGAAAAAGGGAGAAGUAGACUUCUUGAGUCCUUCUGAACUACAGUUUUGGAAAGAUCUUAUUGAUAAGUACUUGUAUCCCAUUGAUGCUAACAAGGAGGAAGAGGCUCGCAUAGCAGCAGAUUUGAUAGAGCUUCGCAAUAAAUCAGUAUUCGCAUUUGUCAUGUUCAAUGCUUUGUUCAUAUUGAUAGUGUUUUUAUUACAACUCAACAAAGAUCAACUCCACGUGGAUUGGCCUUUGGGGAUAAAGACAAAUAUUACGUUCAUCGAGGAAACAGGCGAGGUAUUAAUCUCAAAGGAAUAUUUGCAAUUGGAACCAAUCGGUUUAGUGUUUGUGUUCUUCUUUGCAUUGAUUCUGGUGAUCCAAUUCACUGCUAUGUUGUUCCAUCGAUUUGGAACUCUAUCGCAUAUCCUAGCAUCUACAGAAUUGAAUUGGUUCUGUACAAAGAAGUCGGAAGAUCUAUCUCAAGAUGCUCUAUUAGAUAAGAAUGCAAUAGCAAUAGUGAAGGAUCUACAGAAAUUGAACGGAUUGGAUGAUGAUUACGACAACGACUCGGGCUCAGGACCGCACAAUGUCGGAAGGAGAAAGACAAUCCAUAACUUAGAGAAAGCGAGACAGAAGAAGAGGAACAUUGGCACUUUGGACGUUGCGUUCAAGAAGCGGUUCUUCAAUAUGAAUGCGAAUGAUGGGCCAGGAACACCAGUGCUGAAUAGAAAAAUGACGUUACGACGCGAGACACUGAAGGCUUUAGAAACUAGGCGGAAUUCCGUGAUGGCUGAGCGAAGAAAGUCACAAAUGCAGACGCUCGGUGCUAAUAACGAAUAUGGAGUCACAGGGAUGCUCAACAAUAAUUUAGGUGUGCCAAGACAUCGAACGUCUACCGCCAACAUUUCAGUGAAGGAUGUGUUCGCCGAGCCCAAUGGUGGGCAAGUGAACCGCGCCUACGAGACGUCACUGGGCGACGACGAAGACAACAACUCCAUGAGACUGCAGCCAAGACAGAACCAAGUCUCAUUUCAGAGAUAUUCAUGAGCUCGCGAACAUUCGCAUCUUCAACAAAAUUGAUAGGAGCAGAAGACAAUCUACAUAUAAAGUGACGCUCACGGACACGACGCGUACGACUGUCGUAAACCAGUCUAAACCAGUGCGAGUGCGAAUGUCGCCCGCUGAGACACGCGUCUGUGUGCGUAAGCAAAAUGAAGUACAUGGAGGUGAUUGUCUUCUGUUACUAUCUACUAUGUGCACCUUCCUAGAGCUGCCAAACGUACUUAUAAACAAAGUACCUAGCUUAAACAAAUGUAGAUACUCAUUUUAUAUAAUAGUAAUUCUAAUGGACUUUCGAAUUUUUUAUUAAUUAUACAAAACGUCAUUAUUGCUUGUGAUAUCUUUGUACUCUACUAUUUUGAGCGAUGACGCAGGUUGAUUGCAAAACCAUUUUAGAUAAUUUACAGCUUUAUUGAUAGAGAGUAAGAACUUAUUGUACACUGCCACUAAACAUUAGUUAAGAAUGUACUUUUUACGACAACCCUUAUGAUAAUUACAAAAGGAAACUGUAAA